AUGCAUCGACAGUCGGGACAAAAGGGUCGGCCCUAUCAGUGGACCCACCAUAUCAUCGGGCUGCAGGAGUAUAAUCGGAACCGAGGCCAAAUCUACCGACUCUGCCCUUCACUGGUGCAGCUUCAAAGCCUACGCAAAGGCAGUGGUGCCCAGAUGAUGGUUUCGAAUCCGGCGCAGUAUCGUGCCGGAAAGGCCAAUGGAUGGACCGACACCGCACCGGCCGGGAUGUGCUCAAGGACCAGGGCUUGCGGCGCUACUCUACCACUGGUGGCCGCAAGGAGAACUAACCUGUCGCAAGACUUCAUCCACUUUGUCGGCCGCGCCGAAAUGGACGGCUACAUCCGUACGCACAACAACUAUGUGCGCUCUGGCAGGGGUGUGAUUUGUUGGGUUUGGCCU